AUGGACAAGUCAUGGAUGACCCAAAAUAGGAUGUCAAGAGAAUAUGAUUUAGGAGUCGAAAGGUUCAUUAAAUUUGGGUUGAGUCAUGCCAAAGGUGUUAAUUCAAUUAGAUGUCCAUGUUUGAAUUGCGGCAAUCGUUUACUUAAGGAUGUCUCAACAGUUCGGUAUCAUCUGUAUGCCAAUGGAAUUGAUAAGAGUUACAAGGUAUGGUUCUGGCAUGGUGAAGAAUUGAACUCAGAUAACGUUGCCAACCCGAUGGAAAAUAUAGUGGAUGAAACUGAUGAAAACGACGAUUUAUUUAAUACAAUUAAUAUGGUUCAAUCUGUUCAAGAACAAUCUUGUAAUGCAUCAAAUACCUUCGACACUAUGUUUGAUGACGCGAAGAAACCCUUAUACCCAGGAUGUAAGCAAUUCACAAAGUUAUCAGCCCUCGUGAGAUUGUAUAACCUGAAGGUUAGGUAUGGUUGGACGAAUACUAGCUUCUCUGAAUUGCUGUCCAUAAUAAGUGAUCUAUUACCUGAUAACAAUGAAAUUCCAUGUUCUUUGUACGAAACCAAGAAAACACUUGGUGCCCUAGGACUGAGUUACCAAAAGAUUGAUGCAUGCCCUAAUGAUUGCUGCUUGUACAGAAAAGAAUAUGAAAAGUUGACCAAGUGCCCUAAGUGUGGUUUGUCAAGGUGGAAGAUCGCUAAGAACUCAAAAAAGGAAAAAAGUGGUGUGGCUGCUAAGCAGAUGUGGUACUUUCCAAUAAUUCCAAGAUUUAUAAGAAUGUUCAAGAGAUCUGAAAAUGCUAAGAACUUGCGUUGGCAUGCGAUAGAUAGACAAGUUGAUGGUGUUUUGAGACACCCGGCUAACACUCCAUCAUGGAGGUUGAUAGACCACAUGUGGCCAACCUUUGGGUCAGAAUCGAGAAUCUCCGUUUGGGUUUGUCUAGUGAUGGAAUUAACCCAUUUGGAGAUAUGUCGACGACGUACAGUUGUUGGCCCAUCAUCACUACAAUAUACAACCUUCCACCAUGGCUGUGUAUGA